AUGGCAACAAAUCCAGAACAAUCAAUAGCUAGUGAUGCAGUAUGUCAAAGUCAAUCCGAUUUACCGCAAAUCGUUACUGUAGAUAGUUUCAGAAAAGUAAAAUUAAUUGGAAUGGGAAAUGUUGGAAGAGUAUAUCUUGUUCAGUUGAAAGGAACAAAUCAUUACUUUGCAAUGAAAAUACUUAUUAAAAAACAAAUGGAAGAAAGAAAUAAAACUAACCGUGUUACAACAGAAAGAGAAAUUCUUUUAACAACCAGACAUCCAUUUAUUGUUCAUUUGUAUUGGUCUUUUGCUACUGAAACAUGUUUCUAUUUCAUUAUGGACUACUGUUCUGGAGGUGACUUUUAUCAUACAUUAAAAGAAACCCCACAUAGAUGUCUUCAAGAAGAAACUGCAAAAUUUUAUUUGGCUGAAGUUUUAUUAGCCUUAGAAUAUUUACACUUAAAUGGUAUUAUAUAUAGAGAUUUAAAACCUGAAAAUGUAUUGUUAAAUGGAAACGGUCAUAUUAUGUUAUCUGAUUUUGAUUUAAGUAAGACUGGCCCUUCUAAAGGAUCUACUAUGUCUCAGGCUCUUCUUAAUGUUAAAGAACAAUUUAAAAAAGAACCAUCUUUUAUCACAAAUUCUUUUGUUGGAACUGCAGAGUAUUUAGCACCUGAAGUUAUUGUUGGUUAUGGUCAUUCAGGGUCAGUUGAUUGGUGGACAUUUGGUAUAUUCAUGUAUGAAAUUCUUUAUGGAAGAACACCAUUCUUUUCAAGAAAUAGAGACCAAGUCUUUUCUCAAAUUCUUGAUGGUGAAGUCCUUUUCCCAAAAAAUUGGACAUAUCCAGUUUCUUCAAGUGCUCGUGAUUUAAUUAAAAAGUUACUUGUAACUGACCCUGAACGUCGUUUAGGUACAAAAAAAGGUGCUGAAGAAAUUAAAUCACAUAAGUUCUUUAGGAGUGUUAAAUUUCAAUUAAUUAGAAAUAUCCCACCUCCUAUUGUUCCUGAGGUUCAUGGUCCAGAAGAUACACAUCAUUUUAACGACUUAAAGGAUGAUGGUGAAAUUGAAAAACUAGAAGAACUUGCUAAGAAUACUCAACCAACAUUAGUCACUCCUCAACAACCUCAAGACAAAGCACCAGCUCAGAUCAUUCUUGGUGACACCCUUCCAAAGUAA